AUGCCUUCGUUCAACCUCAUGAACACCUCCCUCCCCCCUAUUCCCGACUACGUCAUGCACAUACAUGCCGUCGAAGGUCUCCAGGAGGACGACACGGACAUCAACGCUGCCGAUCCCAGCGAGCCAGGAGGCGCCGACUACCUCCACGAAGAAGCCAGACCCGGAGAGCACGAACUACACAUGGCGUUACACCGACGCAUGGAGUCGCUCGUUGAGAACCUCGAAGAAGGCGUCGAGCGCCUCGCAGCCGAGCACCACGACCUCCAGAACGAGAUCAACGAGCUCAGCAUCGAGCACGGACAGUUGGCAGAGGAUUACGACGAGCUUCGAGAGUAUGCCGAGGAUCGUCUGGACGAGGUCGAGGACCUCCAGGAUGAUGUGUUUUUCCUCCAAAACAGGCACUUUGAACUGCAGCGCGCGUAUGGACGGCUCCUGGCUGGCUUUCAGGUGGAGCGCGAGGUUGUGUGGGAGCUGGAGCAGGAGCUUGGACUUAUGCGGAUCCAGGCUGCUAACCAGAGGGAAAAUAUUGAAGGCCUCCAGAGUGCUUUGAACAAGGCUCAGAAGAGGCAGUGGUGGUCGUUGAUGCUUCUUUUUGUUUGUGUCUUGGUUGCAGCUUACUUUUGCUUGCUUGCAGGCCGGUCUUCAGUGAAUUGGAGAUGA